AUGUCGCUCGACCUCUCUGUAUUUACAGAGUCUCCUGCAGCCAACGAGUUCAGAAGCGAUACGUUCACCACCCCCACUGCGUCUAUGGUGUCCGCUUUGGCCACAACGACGCUUGGCGACUCUGUCUACAAUGAAGACAGCACCACUCGGGAAUUGGAAAUGAAGGUGGCGGAGCUCGCGGGGAAAGAAGUCGGUCUUUUCUGUGUUUCUGGCACGUUGCUGAACCAGAUCGGGCUUAGAACACACUUAUUGCAGCCGCCCCAUGCCGUGCUCUGCGACCACCGUGCCCACGUCUACGUGCACGAAGCUGGCGGACUUCCUACGUUGUCGCAAGCCAUGGUGCAUUCUAUCGUGCCCAAGAACGGAGUGUACUUGACUCUCGAGGACGACAUUCUCCCCAACUAUGUCCCCGACGACGGCGAGAUCCACGGCUGUCCCACGAAAGUGAUUAGUUUAGAAAACACAUUGCAUGGCAUGUUGUUCCCGCUCGACGAAAUCAAGAAAAUCUCCGCAUUUUGCAAAGAUAACAACGUGCGCCUUCACUUGGACGGGGCCCGCUUGUGGAAUGCGUCUGCUGCCACUGGAAUCUCCAUUGCCGAGUACUGCUCAUACUUUGACUCGGUCUCUCUUUGUUUAUCGAAGACCCUUGGCGCUCCUGUGGGGUCAGUCUUGGUGGGAACUAAAAAAUUUGUGUCCAAGGCCAAUCACUUCCGGAAACAGAACGGCGGUGGUAUCAGACAAGCAGGCUUGCUUGCGCUGAUGGCCAUAGUUGCUAUUGACGAAAAUUUUCCCAAAUUGAAGAAAACACACGAUGUGGCGAAGGAACUCGGCGAGUUUUGCGAAAGUCUUGGUGCUGUCCUUGAGCACCCCGUGCACACGAAUUUUGUGUUUAUCGACAUUGCCGCCAGCAAAAUCAAUAAUGACUUCUUCACACAGGCGUGUGCUAAAUACAACGUCAAGGCUUACGGGAGCAGAUUGACGAUCCAUCAUCAGGUUUCGGAAGAGGGCCUCGCGAACUUGAAAAGGGCACUCACGGAUACACUCGAGGAAGCAAGAAAGAACCCGUAUGAUGCGAAGGCAUCCUUGAAGCUCUACAAUGUUUAUGGGAAAGAAGAGUAG